AUGCGCCCCACACGUCUUACGGCGCUACCAUUGCCGUUCACGCUGGCGGCGAUCCAGCUGCUGGUGGGAGUGCCGUACGUGUGGAUGCUUUGGCUGACGGGCGUGAGGAAAGCUCCAGAGUUGUCCAUAUCCAAGGUGAAGGGGACCACUCCCGUGGCAAUGGCGCAUACCAUGGCGCACCUGGCGGCCGUGGUCAGCAUCGGAGCGGGCGCGGUCGGGUUUGUUCAGGUGUACACCACCCUCCUGCCCGUGGUCGGGGGCGUGGCCAUGGCCUCGGCGGGGGAGAUCAGCUUCAGCGCGCUCGCCUUCGGGGCGGCGAUGACGUCUAACGCCUCCGCCGCCUCUCGGAGCGUUCUCGGAAAAAUCUUCAUGGCCAAGGAGAAGGAGAACGGGGGAGCGAUGUGCGCGGGAAACUUGUACGCCGUGAUGACCAUGCUGGGGUGCUUGGUCCUGACACCCGCCGCCUUGUGGGUGGAGGGGCCGAGGGUGGCGAGCGUUUGGAACGCGGCGUUAAGCGCAGGGCACAGCCAGCGAAGCCUCGUCAAGAACGUCUUGCUAAGCGGGGUGUUUUUCUAUUUGUACAACGAGGUUUCGUUCUACGCGCUCAACAUCAUCCACCCGGUGACGCACGCGCUCGGCAACACCCUGAAGCGCGUGGUGAUGAUCAUCGUCAGCGUCCUGGUCCUGAACCACAGGUUCACCCCCCUGGGGCUGGCGGGCUGCACGACCGCUAUCGGCGGCGUGAUGGCGUACUCGCUGACCAAGGCCAGGCUCGAGCAGGCCGGAGUGGUCGUCCCCGUGGGAAAGGUGGCCGCCGUUAAGGCUCAGCUCGAGAACGAGGCCGGGGUCGCGGUGCCGGUGGGGAAGGCCGCCGAGGUGGCGGCGGCGGUGGCGGCGGCGGCGAAGAACAAGAAGGAGGGGGCGACGGGGGAGGAGGAUGGGAGCACGGCGACUGAGAAGGGGGGGUAGUGUGAUGUUUGUGUGUGCCGUGAGUUUGGCGGGCGGCGGCGGCGGCGGCAGCGGCGGCGGCGACGGUGGUGGAAAAGUUCCGUGCAGUAGAGCUGGGGCCGAAGAGGACAAGGAGGACAAGGAGGAGGAAGAGGAGGAGGAAGAGGAAGAUCCGUGCAUUAGAGAUGGGAGCUGCCUUUGGGGGCUUUUGGCGACCGAGGUGGGGGUGGAGGAGAAAGAGGAAGAGAAGGAGACAGGAAGGGAGAACUGCAAGGAGAGGGGACACGACGAAAAAAGCAGUGAGCAGAGGCACGUUUCUCUCGUCGGGUGUAGGCGGGGGGGAUGGGCGGGCGGGUGCUGCACGUGGGACGACGCCAAAACGGACAAGCUGUGUCGCCAGGGAUGGCGAGCGCGGUGUGGUCGACAAAUUAUGUUGUUGGGUGCCGGAGAGAGAGAGAGAGAGAGAGUUCUUGCAGUGCACGGCGAGAGUUUAGGGAGAGCUCAGCUGAGGUGCAAGAUUUUCGUGUGGGGGGGGAAUGGUGAAUUGUCCUGAGCAGACGAUGUUAAUUCUGCGGUUGGUGGACUGAAGGCACGAGUUUGCUGAGACGAGACGGGGAGGAAACAGGCGAGGGAGGGUCAGCCAUGUACAAAUGAUUUGUUGCGAAUCAAAAUCGAACGGUUUGCGUUGUUGCUGCUUCGUUUCAAGAGCACCAAUCAAUCCGUUCUUUCUGGAGGCAAGGCUACAGGGCUAUCGAAGAAGGAGCAGCGCCGAGGGGGAGGGGGUGCUGUAGCUCUGCCGAUGGAGCCAAAAUCACAGCAAUCGGUGUGGUAUUUUUCUCCCUGAAAAAAAAGCAUGCAGAGUUUAUUCUAGACACGAAACCACCGCCGCAUAGAGAGGGAAAGGAAGGGACUGGAGCGAAGAAACCCGACAAUGGGUAACUCAGAGAGCAGAGUUGUACCGGUUGGCAGAGUUUGGUGAAACCGGGCUCGGUUUAGAUGUUGUUGUGAGGGUGUGUGGUGGUUUUGAUUUUUUUUUUUUUCCGUUCUUCUUGUGGGUUAAUGGGAGCCCAUUUCAUUUCGAGUGAACGAACAGCAAGAAGGGGAAGGAGCCGAAGAGUGUGAGAACAAGAGAAGAGCGGGAGAAAGCUUGAGAUGUGUGGGCGGGGGUGGCGCGGUCGGCAUGGUCUUUGCAGGGCGCGUUUGUGUGCAGGUGUGACUCGCCGCCGUGAACUGCUGUUUUUUUUGUUUUGAUGCUGUUGUUGUGGUGGGUUCUUGGUGUCUCUUGUGGGUCCACGUACAGCUAAGCUCUCGAGAGAAAGUAGAAGAACAAAUCGCGUCGUAAGGGGGGCCAGGUUUCGGACACACGCACGCGUGGACUUAGCAACCCCUGUCGUUUCCCACUUGCCAUGUACUCUAACGUGCGCUCGAGGGGUUUGUCUUUUCGGUACUCAAGAGCGCCUUCGCCACCCGUUCGCUGCUUCCCUGGUGCACCGUGAGAGCCCCCUCCAUGGGAGUGAGGUGCGGAGACGAACGUCUGGAGCGGAAGCAUGUAUAUGCGUUUCUCCGAUAGAAGGUCGUGUGUGCGAAAAAAGACUUGCAAGUGGGGUAGAGACGGGAGGUACAAUAGGACAUUGCUAGUAAAACGGCCGUAAAUUCACAUCAGUCGAGUAGGGCUGCUGUAUGUUAGGUUUAUAGAUUCAGGAGCGACGACGACGGCGGUUGACGGGAGGAGCGAUUCAAAUUGAAGUAUAUAUUCAUGUAUGUAUUCGGUGAAAAACGUUCUGUGCGGGCAAGGCAAGAGGGAGUCGGUCGCCCCUAUAGCUUUCCUAGAGGGGGAUAGGUGAUGCGGCGAUGAUUGAUUCGAUCUCAACGCGUACCGUAGUUGUUGUCAACCUCUGCUAUACUAGGUUUUUGCCUGUUGGGUGUUUUUCGGUAGAGAGGGCACGUUGAAAAAUCGCUCGGUGGGCUUGACCCAUGUCGGACUAAUGUACUGCUGUGGGCUAGUACUAUUGUGGAAGUGAUGGACGUGAGCGGGGGGGCUACCGUUGGCUUUGUCGGGGCACUCGUGUUGAGUGAGGUACCCGGGCGAGAAAGGAACAUUUUUUUUU